AUGGCCACCUCUACUUCCCCCGUCAUCCGUGCCCGCAAUGCCAAGUACCAGGCAAACGUGACAAAGCGCGGCCAGACAAAGACCUCAGCAUACGCCGAAAAGAAGGUUGCCAAGAAGCCUACUGCCUCUCCCAUGCUUGUUGGAUGCGUCCUGUUGAUGCUCUGCGGGGGUGCCAUUUUUGAAGUCCUCCGUCUCUUUGGCGCCAGCACCGAGCCAACCUUCUAA